AAAAGUUAUUUAAAAUAAUUAAUGAAACAAAUAAACUGGUUUACUUUAGUUAUAUGAUUGACAUUUUAAAUAAUUUAUUUAAUAAUAACUAAUAAUUCAUUUUCAAUAAUAAAUUAUAAAUAUUGACGUUACACCUGAAUACAUCAAUGUUCAGUUUGUGCUUUCAAAAUCUAAGAUGGUGGCAAUCAAUUGUUUGUAUAACUAUUGUUGUUCGCGUUAGUGGUUAGAUGGAACAUGCAAAAGUGUUAUGCGUUGAGAUGUUAUAAAAUGUUAUAAAACAUAAAGCAUCAAAUGAGUAGUUGAGUUCUUUAUUAUUAAUUUUAGCGCAAUAACUGUGUCCAAGUAUACCUAUAAUAACCUCAAAUGGAGGGCAAUAAUGAAAUCCCGUUAAUCGCUUUAGCAGAUGUCAAAGAAGAGUUAGAAUUCGAUCCAUCUUUAAGUCAGGAGCAAAAAGAUUUUUUUUUGAGUAUAUAUCAAGAUAUUCGAAACGUUAAAACGGAAAGGUUACAUUGUACUUCUUGUGAUGUUCAUUUGGGAUCAAACACUUUAGGAAAUGUUUUUGUCCAUCCCCAUUUACAAGUGCUUUUGUGUGGUCCCUGUUUAACUUUCUAUAAUUCUGGAGUUUUUGAGAGAGGUGAUGAUGGAAGUGAGUUGCAUUGCAGGUGGUGUGGACAAGGAGGCCAGGUGAGGAAAAAAUACCCCACAAAGGUUUAUUGUUGCUCAAAAUGUCCAACUGUAUUCUGCAAACCAUGCAUAAAAAGGAACUUUACAAGGUCUACUAUAAAAAUAAUUGAUGACAGUGAUGAGUGGGCUUGCUUUCGAUGCGAUUCAAAACCUAUGUGGAUGAUUCAGGCUCGAUGUUGGGCUCUUUCUAAUUAUGUAAGAUUGGAGAAAAUAGCAUGUGAAAAUUUAGACCCAUCUAGUCAUCGAAAACAACAAUCUUUCAUUGACCAUUCUUUAUGUUGCAAAGUAAGAAGUGCAUGCAACAAAAUUGAUACAUCUGAGUGUAAAUCCAGAAAAAGAAAUUUAAGUAUAGUAAAAACAGAUAUUGUCCAAACAUUAAUACCUAAACGUAAAAGUGCUCCAAAAACGACAGUUGGAUUUAAAAUGGACACUGAGGAGGAGCAUGAAGUGGUCUGCACUCCUGAUAUUUUCAGUUGCUUGGAAGAUGAUCCUGAUGAUCCAGUAAAUACUGAGAUGGAAUCUGAACCAAUGUCGCAUAUGAAUGGUUCUGAGGAACCUGCAAUAAAGAAGCCAAGAAUUUCUGUCCGGCCUCCAGAAUCUCUGAUGCAAUCUCCUGAUCAGCCUAUGUUUCCAGCAAUAGCUCAAAAUAGGCUAUUAUUAUGUCCCAUGCCUGGACCAAGUGUGGGGAUAAAUGAUAACCCAAUGCCAAUGAAAGGGAAUGUUCUACAUGCUGGCCAAACAAAUUUAGUCAUUCCAAAUACUGGAGCCAUGUAUAAUGCUAACUUAAGAUAUAAUUUGGUACCUGUACAACGCAGGUCUGCAGUUAAUCCACCACCUCUGUCACCUCUGAUCCUCAAUCCAGCAAUGAAUGCUGCUAAUAAUACAGUUCCUACUCCUGUUAAACAAACUGCUAUUGGUAAUGCUAUGAGUGUUACUCAAGUAAAGAACUUGCCAGCACAAAACAAUCGUAAUUCAAAAUACAUGCAAGUAAAUAAAAAUAUCACAAAGACAUAUGUCCGUUCAGCUGCAAACGCAACAGAUAAUAAUGCAAAGAAUAAACCAAAUGAUCAAACUUUAUCAUCAUUGCUUCAAAAAAAAUUAAAAGAAAACCCUUCUAUAAAUGCUAUGAAACUAAGAAAAUUACCUGAAUGGUUUCAUGCAAAUACACAGAGCUGUCUGGUAAUUGCGUACAAUUUUGUAUCACAGUUGCUUGAUUUGCAGACUAAAGCUCAAAAAGUUCAAAAUUGCAGUUAUGAUGAAGUAAAAAAUAUGCACGUGCAGCUUUCAUUUUUCAUAUCUGCAUUAAUUGGUAAAUUAAAAAGUAAUCAAUCUGAGCUUAACACUCAUCUAUCAGAAUGGACUGAUACUUUGUGCAAGUCUCUUGAAGGCCAAUCUUCAGAAGGAACAAAUUUGCAGUCAGCUUCUUCAAUCAUUAAAGCUGACCCGCCUCGCAAAAAGCUUUCAGCUGCAGAAAUCGGUCAGCAGAAUCGAGAGGAGUUCAAAGAUAUUUUUAAAAAGUUUGAGACUGACAGAAAACUAAAUAUGGAUUCUAUUGUAUCAGUUGCUAAAUUCAAGUUUCAUAAGAGUACAAAUGUCUUUAAAGUGAAACCAAAAGUGAGACAAAUAAUCAAGACACCCAAUAUAGAUCCUAAUGUAAUUCAAACAAUUGACUCAGACUCUGAUGAUGAUGAUUGUAAAAUUAUAUCAGAUCCACAACCAACAACUAUAAAUUCAGUUGGAGAUAAGCCAUCUACAGAGAGUAGAAAGAGUGAACUAAUUUGUGUUGAGAAUGAGCUACCUAAAAAUGAAAACUCGCAACAAAAUGCUGCAGUUCAAGAUAAUGAGAUGUCAAAACCACCUUCAGAAAACCCAGCCAUUGAAAAUACAAAUGAUACCAUUCAAGCUGAUAAGAUUUCAUCUGAAGAUAAUGUUACACAGUUAAGUGAAAUAGAGCCUGAAUCACAAAAAUCAACGAAUGAAGAAACUACUUGUAACAUAUUGGUAAAUGCCAUCUCAAACGUUAAAGAGCAAACACUUAAAGAACAAGAACAAGUUUCAGAAAUUCCUGAAGAUAUUGCAAAUGAACAAAUAGAACUUCAUAAUAGUGAAAAUCUGGAACAUGCUGGUGAUAACAGCAUAAUAUCUGACACAACUGAACAGUCAAACAAUGCGGUUAUUACUCAUGAUGACAAUACUAAUAUUGACAUGCAAGAUGAUACUUCAAAUGUCAAUAGUGUAACAAGUGAUGUUGGGAUUAUUAGUGAAGUUACUUCUGAUAAUGAGGUUGGAAACCAGGUACAAACAAUAGACAAGGAUGAUUCCACUAAUCAGAAAGAAAAAAAUGAUGACCAAGGUAUAAUUAAUGUUAAUACUGGUGACGAUUAUAAUAAUAUUGAGGCAUAUCCGUCAAAUGAUACUGAACCAGAAACAGUAUUAAGUGAAAUCAAUAAUCACAAUAAAGAUAUUGUGCAAAUGGAAACAAAUAUUCGAUCUAACAUGGGGGCAGUUGAUAGCCAUUUGAAUAAUAAAAUUUUAGGCGUUCAUGAAAACUCAAUGACCUUAGAAAUUAAUGAAUCAAUUUUAAACAAUAGGACUACUGGUUUGGAAACUGAUACUAUUAUUGGUAACAAGCAUUCUAACAUUGCAGAUGCUACUGAACAAGCUUUAAAGAAACUAGAAUGCGUUAUUGGUUUAGAAGAGAUGAACCAGAAUAUUGAGAGCAUAAAUGUUGAAGAGAAAAUAGGUAAUAAUGCCAAAUCAACAAUUGCUGAUGGAAGUGAUAUAAAUUCAUUUUUGAGUUGUGAAAGAAAUAUUUCUAAUGCAGAAUGAACAAAAUUAAUGUGUGAUAGGAAUCCUAAACUUGGUUCUUAAUCUUACAAAUGACUAAAUUUUAAAAAAUUAAGAAUAUUGAUUUAUAGAUGGUUUGUAAAGUUUUUUUUUACAUAUAUAUAAAUAACUAUAAGCAG